GCGGCUACUCUGCUUGUUCAUUAUGAAGUUCUUUGUCUCUUCGUCUGUGCUCGCCUUGGCUUCCAGUGCUGUUGCACGGACUUUCACUGUUACAAAUGCGUGCCCGUUUACUAUUUGGCCCGCUUUGUUUACAGACCUGAACGUCGCGCCCAACGUCCCCGACCAGCCAACAGGAUGGGAAGCACCAGCAUUCUCCUCCGUGAGCUUUACCGUCCCAGACAACUGGAAGGCAGGUCGUAUUUGGGGUAGAAGGAACUGCGACUUCAGUGUGAACCCUGGACCGAACUCAUGUGCAACGGGUGGAUGUAAUGGUGGAUUGCUUUGUGAUCCCCAUACCGGCACGGGUGUCCCGCCUGUUACCGUUGCGGAGUGGACAUUACAAGGCGAUGGGAAUCAGGAUUUCUACGAUGUCUCGCUUGUCGAUGGAUACGACUUGCCCAUGAGCAUUACAAACAAUGUUGGAUGUAGUGUAGCAAGCUGUGGAGUCGACCUCGGCCCGAACUGUCCUGCUCCAUUGCAGGGUCCGUUCGACUCGACUGGUUUCCCCCUUGGCUGCAAGAGUGCAUGCUUCGCAAACCUCGAUGGAGACCCUCAGGACUCGGCGAACUGUUGCACAGGUUCGCACAACACGCCAGCAACAUGCCCACCCUCUGGUGUACAGUUCUACUCCUACUUCAAGGAUAACUGUCCAGAUGCCUAUGCCUAUGCAUUUGAUGAGAGUAGUGGAACGGCGCUCUGGACGUGUGACUCGGGCUUGAAUGCGGAUUACACGUUGACAUUCUGCCCGUAAACACGUGAGGGGGAGAAAUGUUAAAGUGCAUAUGGUUGUUUCGCAUGUGUAAAAUACUGUGAUGGUUUCUAUCUGUGUUUCCUUGUACACUCUGAAAUGGUAAUAUGA